AUGGAAUUCCCCCUUGGGUCCCUGGAAACUACCAACUUCCGCCGAUUCACUCCGGAGUCCCUGGUGGAGAUUGAAAAGAGGAUUGCGGCCGAGCAGGCAGCAACAAAGGCCAAGGGUAAGCAGCGUGAGCACAAGUGGAAGCAGAAGCAGAAGCAGGAGGACCAAGAGGAGAAGCCUCGCCCCCAGCUUGACUUGAAAGCCUGCAACCAGCUGCCCAAGUUCUAUGGUGAACUCCCCGCAGAGCUGGUCGGGGAGCCCCUGGAGGAUCUGGACCCCUUCUACAGUGCACACAGGACGUUUAUGGUGCUGACCCACGGGAGGACCAUUUCCCGGUUUAGUGCCACUCGGGCCCUGUGGUUAUUCAGUCCUUUCAACCCGAUCAGAAGAACAGCCAUCAAAGUGUCUGUCCACUCAUAUCCUUUGUGGUUCAGCACUUUCAUCACAGUCACGAUCGUGGCCAACUGUGUGUGCAUGACCCGCACCGACCUUCCCGAGAAGAUGGAGUAUGUCUUCACCGUCAUUUAUACCUUUGAAGCCUUGAUAAAGAUCGUGGCAGGAGGAUUUUGUCUAAAUGAGUUCACCUACCUGCGAGAUCCUUGGAACUGGCUGGAUUUUAGCGUCAUCACCCUGGCGUACAUUAGCACAAUGACAGAUCUCCAGGGGAUCUCAGGCCUGCGGACGUUCAGAGUUCUUAGAGCUUUAAAAACAGUCUCUGUGAUUCCAGGGCUGAAGGUCAUCGUGGGGGCCCUGAUCCACUCAGUGAAGAAGCUGGCGGAUGUGACCAUCCUCACCGUCUUCUGUCUGGGUGUCUUUGCCCUGGUGGGCCUGCAGCUCUUCAAGGGCAACCUCAAGAACAAAUGUGUCAAGAAUUGCACCGCUCUCAACGAUACAGCCAAUUACUCCUCUUAUGAAAAACCAGACUACUACAUCAAUAAGCCAGGGACUUCUGAUCGCUUAUUGUGCGGCAAUGGAUCCGAUUCAGGCCACUGCCCUAAAGGUUAUUUCUGCAUGAAAACAUCUGACAACCCAGAUUUUAACUACACCAGCUUUGAUUCCUUCGCUUGGGCUUUCCUCUCACUGUUCCGCCUCAUGACACAGGAUUCCUGGGAGCGCCUCUACCAGCAGACCCUGAGGGCUUCUGGGAAAAUCUAUAUGGUCUUUUUCGUGCUUGUCAUCUUCCUGGGAUCUUUCUACCUGGUCAACUUGAUUUUGGCCGUCGUCACCAUGGCCUAUGAGGAGCAGAACAAGGCGACCAUGGAUGAAAUCGAAGCCAAGGAGAAGAAGUUCCAGGAGGCCCUCGAGCUGCUCCGGAAGGAGCACGAGAUGCUGGCAGCAAUGGGGAUUGACACCGCCUCUCUCCACUCCCACAGUGGAUCACCUUUAUCUUCCAAAAGAGCCACUGAAAAAAGGCACAGAAUGAAGCCAAAGGUGUCAGAUGGCUCCACCGAUGACAACAAGUCACCACAAUCUGAGCCUUACAACCAACGCAGGAUGUCUUUCCUAGGCCUCACCUCUGGGAGACGCCGGGCUAGCCAUGGCAGUGUGUUCCAUUUCCGGGCCCCUGUCCGAGACGGCUCAUUCCCUGAUGGGGUCGCAGAUGAUGGAGUCUUUCUUGGAGACCGCGACAGCUAUCGGGGCUCCCUGCUGUUGGGUGGGAGUACCAACCAACCAGGCCCUCUCCCUAAGAGCCCGCUGCCUCAAGCCACCAACCCUGGAUCAGGGCAUGAAGAGGAUGGACACCCCCCAUUGCCCACUGGUGAGCAUGGACCUGGAGUCACAGAAGGCUCGGCGUCUGAAGCAGGACAAAAGAAGACUUUCUUAACAGCAGAAUACUUGAAUGAACCCUUCCGAAUCCAAAGGGCGAUGAGUGUGGUCAGUAUCAUGACCUCUGUCCUCGAGGAACUGGAGGAAUCUGAACAGAGGUGCCCGCCCUGCCUGACCAACUUGGCUCGGAAGUAUCUGAUCUGGGAGUGCUGCCCCACGUGGCUGAAGAUCAAGACGCUUCUGUUUAGGAUUGUGACGGACCCCUUUGCGGAGCUCACCAUCACCUUGUGCAUCGUGGUGAACACAGUCUUCAUGUCCAUGGAGCACCACAACAUGAGCCCCACCUUCGAAACCAUGUUCCAGAUAGGCAACAUUCUGCGAGUCCUCAAGCUGGCCAAGUCCUGGCCCACCUUAAACACCCUCAUCAAGAUCAUCGGGAACUCCGUGGGGGCUCUGGGGAACCUCACCAUCAUCCUGGCCAUCAUUGUCUUUAUCUUCGCUCUGGUGGGCAAGCAGCUCCUCGGGGAUUCCUACCGGGAAAAGCGGCACAACAUCUCUGCGCCCGACGAGGACUGGCCUCGCUGGCACAUGUACGACUUCUUCCACUCCUUCCUCAUCAUCUUCCGGAUACUCUGCGGGGAGUGGAUUGAGAACAUGUGGGCCUGCAUGGAAGUCGGCCAGAAGUCCAUCUGCCUCAUCCUGUUCUUGAUGGUGAUGGUGCUGGGGAACCUGGUGGUGCUCAACCUGUUUAUCGCCCUGCUGCUGAACUCCUUCAGCGCCGACAACCUCACGGCCACAGAGGAGGAUGGGGAGAUGAACAACCUGCAGGUGGCCCUGGCCCGGGUCCAGGCGUUUGGCCAUCGCACCAUGAAGACUGUUCGCAGCUUCUUCCGCAGGCCCUGCCUGUUCUCGCGGACCAAGGCAGAGCCCCAGCUGGUGGUGAAGAUCCCACUCUCCAGCUCCAAAGCCAAGAACCACAUCGCUGCCGAUGCGGCCCUGGGGAGCCCCGGGGGGCUCCCGGCUCCCAGAGACCCCGGGGACAGCCAUGGUGACUUCAUCACCAAUCCUAACGUGUGGGUCUCUGUGCCCAUUGCCGAGGGUGAAUCUGACCUCGAUGACUUGGAGGAGGAGGAGGAGGAAGAGGAGGAUGCUGGGAGCUCCCAGCAGGAAGUGAUCCCACAUGGGCAGCAGGAGCAGCUGCAGCAAGUCGGGAGCUCUGAGGACCACCCGGCACCCAGGAGCCCAGGCUCUGGAACGUCCUCUGAGGACCUGGCUCCACACCUGGGCAGGAAGUGGAAAGACCAGGCGGCCGUUCGGGCCCCGGCAGAGGGAGCGAGCGACAGGAGCUCCUCCGAGGGCAGCACGGUGGACUGUCCGGAUCCCGAGGAGAUCCUCCGGAAGAUCCCCGAGCUGGCCGAUGACCUGGAAGAACCGGAUGACUGCUUCACGGAAGGCUGCACCCGCCGCUGUCCCUGGUGCAAAGUGAACACGGCCAAGUUCCCAUGGGCCGUGGGCUGGCAGGUGCGCAAGACCUGCUACCGCAUCGUGGAGCACAGCUGGUUUGAGAGCUUCAUCGUCUUCAUGAUCCUGCUCAGCAGCGGGUCUCUGGCCUUUGAAGACUACUACCUUGACCAGAAGCCCACGGUCAAGGCCUUGCUGGACUACACCGACCGGGUGUUCACGUUUAUCUUUGUGUUCGAGAUGCUGCUCAAGUGGGUGGCCUACGGCUUCAAGAAGUACUUCACCAACGCCUGGUGCUGGCUCGACUUCCUCAUCGUGAACAUAUCACUGAUCAGUCUCAUAGCGAAGAUCCUGAAGUAUUCUGACAUGGCAUCCAUCAAAGCCCUUCGGACCCUCCGCGCCCUGCGCCCACUGCGGGCUCUGUCUCGAUUUGAAGGCAUGCGGGUGGUGGUCGAUGCCCUGGUGGGCGCCAUCCCGUCCAUCAUGAACGUGCUCCUCGUCUGCCUCAUCUUCUGGCUCAUCUUCAGCAUCAUGGGCAUGAACUUCUUUUCAGGGACGUUUGGGAGGUGCAUCAACAUGACCAGUAAAGGCUUUUCUCUUGUGUCUUCUACUGUUGUGAAUAACGAAACUGAUUGUAUACUUCACAACUACACUGGCAACCUCUUUUGGGUCAACAUGAAGGUCAACUUUGAUAAUGUUGCAAUGGGUUACCUCGCGCUUCUGCAGGUGGUGACUUGUCGUGGCAUUACUCCCCCUCGUCCCCAUGCCCCACUUUCCUCACAGGUGAACUUGCAGCCCAAGUGGGAGAACAAUGUGUACAUGUACUUGUACUUCGUCAUCUUCAUCAUUUUCGGUGGCUUCUUCACACUCAAUCUUUUCGUUGGGGUCAUAAUUGACAACUUCAAUCAACAGAAAAAAAAGUUAGGGGGCCAGGACAUCUUCAUGACCGAGGAGCAGAAGAAGUACUACAACGCCAUGAAGAAACUGGGCUCCAAGAAGCCCCAGAAGCCCAUCCCCCGGCCCCUGAACAAGUACCAGGGCUUUGUCUUUGACAUUGUGACCAGACAGACUUUUGACAUCAGCAUCAUGGUCCUCAUCUGCCUCAACAUGCUCACCAUGAUGGUGGAGACAGAUGAUCAGAGCGAGGAAAAGACGAAAAUCCUUAACAAAAUCAACCAGUUCUUUGUGGCUGUCUUCACCGGAGAGUGUGUCCUGAAGAUGUUCGCUUUGAGGCAAUACUUCUUCAUGAACGGCUGGAAUGUGUUUGACUUCAUCGUCGUGGUCCUUUCCAUCGGGAGCCUGGUGGUUUUUGCAAUUAUUUCAUCACUUGAAAAUUACUUCUCCCCAACAAUCCUCCGAGUCAUCCGCCUGGCCCGAAUUGGCCGCAUCCUCAGGCUAAUCCGAGCAGCCAAGGGCAUCCGCACGCUGCUCUUUGCCCUCAUGAUGUCCCUGCCUGCCCUCUUCAACAUCGGGCUGCUGCUCUUCCUCGUCAUGUUCAUCUACUCCAUCUUCGGCAUGGCCACCUUCCCCCAUGUCAAGUGGGAAGCUGGCAUCGACGACAUGUUCAACUUCCAGACUUUCGCCAACAGCAUGCUCUGCCUCUUCCAGAUCACCACGUCGGCUGGCUGGGAUGGUCUCCUCAACCCCAUCCUCAACACGGGGCCCCCCUACUGUGACCCCAAUCUGCCCAACAGCAAUGGCUCCCGGGGGAACUGUGGGAGCCCAGCCGUGGGCAUCAUCUUCUUCACCACCUACAUCAUCAUCUCCUUCCUCAUCGUGGUCAACAUGUACAUCGCCAUCAUCCUGGAGAACUUCAGCGUGGCCACAGAGGAGAGCACCGAGCCCCUGAGCGAGGACGACUUUGACAUGUUCUAUGAGACCUGGGAAAAGUUUGACCCAGAAGCCACCCAAUUUAUAACUUUUUCUGCCCUCUCAGACUUUGCAGACACCCUCUCUGGCCCCUUGCAAAUCCCAAAACCCAAUCGGAAUAUAUUAAUCCGAAUGGACCUUCCCUUGGUCCCUGGAGAUAAGAUCCAUUGUUUGGACAUCCUUUUUGCCUUCACCAAGAAUGUUCUGGGAGAGUCUGGGGAGUUGGAUUCUCUGAAGGCAAAUAUGGAGGAGAAGUUUAUGGCAACAAAUCUUUCAAAAGCAUCUUAUGAACCAAUUGCCACCACCCUCCGGUGGAAGCAAGAAGACAUUUCAGCCACUGUCAUUCAAAAGGCCUAUCGGAGCUAUGUGUUCCACCGCUCCAAGACAAUCGUCAAUCCCCCAUGUGUGGCCAGCGCUGAAGAGGAGGCCGUGUCACUCCCAGAUGAAGACUUCGUUGCAUUCGUAGGAAAUGAGAACAGUGUGCUUCCAGACAAAUCUGAAACCGCAUCUGCCACGUCUUUCCCACCCUCCUAUGACAGUGUCACUAGAGGCCUUAGUGAUCAAGUCAACAUGAGCACAUCUAGCUUAAUACAAAAUGUAGGUGAAUCCACCAGUCAGGAAGCCACCACUCCUGCACCCUAGUGAGGACACUCCAGCAUGGGCAUGUCCAGUUCUGACGUGUCCUUCUGCUCUGUGAUAACUCUUUACCACUACAGGUGGCACCCAGCUACCACCUCACCAUGCAUGCCACUGGUCACAAUAUCAGAACUGGGCAAGGGAAUGCAGUUGCUACCCAUCUUUGGAGAAGCCCCCAAUAAGAGUCAGAAGCCAGGAGCAUCUCCACUGUGACUUCCCUUAUGAAUUUCAGUAUCAGGUGAUGGGUUCCCUUACUUUCCAGAAACUGUCCCUGAUUCUUCUAUUUUUAUUGUGAUCAGAGCUUCCAUUUAUCAAGACAAACUUCUCAGGACCAGAACUUCCAAGGAUCUAUGGCAAGGAUGUUGCUGAAGGUCCAAGGCAGUCCUCUGUGAAACACCAUGUAGAGAUUGACAAUGUUACUUAGGAUUUUGCAUGACUGCAUGUUGAGAGCUGCAGACAACUGCUCCAGCCCCAGGUAACACUGUGGUCUAUGUCAUG